CCGUUCCGAUUGGUCGAGCGCCGGAGCAGAGUGCGUUUCCGAUUGGCUGUAGAGAACGCGGUUGCCUGCGCGCAGUUUUCGCUAUCCUGUCAACAGGAGGCAGGUCUGUCGCCGGCGUUUCGCGGAAUUCAUCGCGGGCAUUCCAUUCUUCCAUCUAUCUCUCUUUGCUCCUUGCCGUGGACUCGUCUCGCUGCAGUCGUCCACCGAUCUGAGUGUAAUUGUAAUAAUUUUCUAUCUUUUCCGAUCUUCCUCUCGUAUUCGUUGACACCCGGCGAGUGCGCGUAACGCGGCUGUAAACAAUGGCUGAUCAGCAAGAGAACAAGGACUUCAGUGAGGACGUUGCGGAGCAAAAUUUCGAGAAGAACGGCGAUGCCGAGAGCGGCGGCAUCGGUGGCGGCGGGGACGCCGUGGAGAAUGGCCAGGCAGAUUCGCAGGAGGAUAGGAAAUUAUUUGUUGGUGGCUUAAGCUGGGAAACCACUGACAAGGAAUUAAGAGAACAUUUUAGUACAUAUGGUGACAUUGAGAGCAUUAAUGUUAAAACAGAUCCUAACACAGGAAGAUCGAGAGGUUUUGCAUUUAUUGUCUUUUCUAAGGCUGAAGCUCUCGACAAGAUUAUGUCAGCUGGCGAUCAUGUCAUCAAUAACAAAAAAGUGGAUCCUAAGAAAGCGAAAGCUAGACAUGGCAAAAUUUUCGUCGGUGGUCUCUCGACGGAAUUGUCCGAUGACGAUAUUAAGAACUUUUUCUCGCAAUUUGGAAAUAUUGUUGAAGUAGAGAUGCCGUUUGAUAAGACAAAGAAUCAAAGGAAAGGGUUCUGCUUUAUUACAUUUGAAUCGGAACAAGUGGUCAACGAACUUCUUAAGACACCCAAACAAACCAUCAAUGGAAAAGCUGUGGAUGUGAAGAAAGCAACGCCUAAAUUGGACGGUAUGGCCGGAAUGCGCGGGGGAAUGAUGAGCCGUGGCAGAGGAGCUCGUGGCGGUCGGGGUCGCGGAUUCGGAGGACAAGGUGGUUGGGGACAGGGCUAUGGAGGCGGUUACGGUGGCGGUUAUGGCCAAGGCGGCUACGGUGGUGGUUACGACGGUUACGGGGGAUACGAUUACUACAGCGGCGGUUACGGCGGUUAUGGAGGUUAUGAUUACACCGGAUAUGGUGAUGGCUACGGCUAUGGCGGUGGUAAUUACGAAGGUGGCUACGCGGGCGGGCGCGGUGGUGUACGCGGUAAAGGUGGCUCAGGCUACGGCGGCAAGCAAAGAGGUGGUGGCGGUCGCCAAAAUCAGAGGCACCAGCCGUACUAACGAAAAUCUUCAUUCGCGAACUCAGUGCAAUUCGCGUUGUAACCGCUGGUACUCUUCCUCACUACUACCGAUCUCUUCAUUCGUCCAAUCAUCAUUCCAUUAAGCCGCGCCCCUCCUAGCAAGAAUUUCGACAAUUUUUCAACUAUGUGGACAUCUGCUGCUAUGAAAAAUCCAAUCGAAAAUCACCCACGAGACCGGAGACAGCAGUAGUGAAUUUCAUUUUGUAUUUAACUCUGAUUUAUUAUUCGCGUAUCUAUAUGCUUUCUUUUCUGCCGUUCUCGUAAUACUGAGGCUUGUAUCGUUUUUCUCCUUUUUAAUAGCGCGUUUACGAUAGAAAAGCAGGCAUAUAAAACUAUCGACAGAUUUUUUUUUUAUGUAAUACCGAACAAAGCAGUGAAGUAUCCAACAGUAACAAUCUUGCAAGCAAAAAGUUGCCGUAUGAUAAAUAAUGGAUUAAGAGUAAUAGUUGUAUAAAGAUACAAUGUAAGCACGACAAAACACGUGCCUCCUCAGAAAAAUGCGUCGUUAUUGAGGAAUUGCGUAUCCAGAAUUAUUCCCAUUAAUAUGAUAUCCUCUACCUUGUCCCAUUAUAUUUAGAGAUCGGAUAAGGCUUGCGAUAAACAAUUAGUUUAGCUCGAGCGAUACCUGCAGUAUUUUAUUAACACGGAUAGAAUUUAAUUUUUUGUUAUCUAACACUUGAGAGGAAGAAUUAAACUAGGUGAAUUUUAUUGGAUUUUGAUCAAUGAAGUAAAGAAAAAAAAUUGGUA